ACAGAGUACAUUUUAAUAAUAAUUAUAUAGAAAGUACUGACCAACUCACAUUCAUCACUGUCAAAAGUGUCAAAAACAGCUGGUUCAAUGACUUACUUUCUACUGGUGUGCUGGUACAUUUUAAAUUUCUAAGGUUAAGAAUUUCCAUAUAAAUAAAAGGUGGAAAAAUAAAAUCUAUCAUAUUAUACUCUUUGCGUAAUUUAUAUAUCUAAUGAAAAGAAUGGCAACGCUAAGAAAAUACAUAGACAUUGGCGCGAACCUAACGGAUGAAAUGUAUCAGGGCUUGUACCAUGGGUCUAAAAAGCAUGAGCCUGACUUAGACACGGUCCUAGCUCGGGCUUGGGACGGGGGACUUGAUAAAAUGAUCAUAACAGGAGGCUCAUUGACGGACAGUCAGAAGGCUAUUGAAAUGGCACAGUCGGACUCCAGGUUGUAUGCAACAGUAGGCUGUCAUCCUACCAGGUGUAAUGACUUCUUGCAGGAUGCUGAAGGAUAUUUGAAUGGUCUGAAAGCCUUAAUAAAAGACAACAAAGACAAAGUGGUUGCCAUCGGUGAAUGUGGACUGGACUAUGAAAGACUACACUUCUGUGAAAAGGAUACACAACUCAAAUAUUUCGAGUACCAGUUGCAGUUAAGUCGUGAGUUCAGCCUCCCUCUCUUUCUACAUUGUCGCGCGGCCGCCGAUGACUUGGUGGCAAUACUUGCGAAGAAUCGCGACUCCGUUGUAGGAGGGGUUGUGCACUCCUUCGAUGGUACUGAGGACGCUUUACAGAAGAUACUGGACUUGGGAAUGUAUAUAGGUAUUAAUGGAUGUUCCCUGAGAACACAAGAAAGUUUAGAAGUUGUGACAAAAAUACCUAGAGACAGGCUAAUGAUCGAAACCGACUGUCCAUGGUGUGAAGUAAAACCAACACAUCCCGGUUACACCCAUGUGGUGACCAAGUUUCCGACGGUGAAGAAAGAAAAGUAUAAUGUGGGGUCUAACAACCAGGUGAAAGGGAGAAAUGAACCUGUAAAUAUUGUACACGUUUUGGAGAUUUUGGCAGCAGUUAGGAAAGAAAACGUAGAUGAAUUAGCGACGGCAAUUUAUGACAAUACGAACAAGUUAUUUUUCAAUAAAUAAUAUAAAUCAAUUAUAUCAUUAUGUAAAUAAAAUAUGAAAAUAAGAA